CGCCACUCCUCACCGCACGCGCGCCUGAGGCCGAGCCGAUCGAGCAGACGCGCGCGAGCCCGGCACACCUCACCGCCGGCCAUGGCCGUCUCAGCCGCCUCCAGCCUCGCGCUCCAAGCCGCCCCGCGCCGCAUGCGCAGCGUCGUCGUCGCCUCGGCCGCGCGGUUCGACCGGCGCUCGGCCGUGCUCCUCCUGCUGUCGGCCGCGGGCGCGGGGUCGUCCUUGGCGGCGGUGGCGCCGGCCGCGAACGCCGCGGGCAGCAUCGGGCUCUUCGGCAUCCGGAAGAAGCUGGAGCGGGCGGAGGAGGCCGCGGUCGAGGCCGCGCGGGAGGUGGGCGAGGCGGCGGUGGAGGCCGCGGAGGCCGGCGGGGAGGCGGUGGCGGAGGCCGGGAAGGAGGUCGCCGGGGAGGGAAUGCAGCUGGCGGCCGAGGCGGGGCUCGCCGGCGACGCGUUCGUGCAGGCCGGCGUGGUCGCCGGCGCCGAGGCGCUCGGGGUCCUCGUCGGCUUGUCCGUCGUCAACGGCAUCCUCAAGCCCGAGGCCUAGAGGGUUAGUGGGCCCGGCCAGUAGUGUUUUUGCUGGCCCAUUCGUGUUGGGUUUAGUGCUUACAGAAAAUUCUGCCUAUCAUUAUUUGUUAACGACUUUGUGGUGUAAUGUACUGUAUUUUAGUAUGAUUUUAUAGAGUGGUGGAUGCUCGUGGUUCAACUAUGUUCUGUAGUAUGCAACAAGAUGAUGCAAAUUGCUUUGUA